AUGUGGAUUGAGGAUGAUGGACAAGCUGUGGAGCCACCCACGCUAGACGAAAUACGAAAAGCGGUUAGACAGCUUAAAAAUGGAAAGGCCGCUGGGAAAGACGGGAUCCCGGCUGAAUUUCUCAAAGUCGAAAGCGAGCGGCUGUUCUACGUACUCCACCAAGUAAUUGCAAUGAUCUGGGAAGGAGAGGAAAUGCCUUCGGACUGGCUGGAUGGUAUCAUAUGCCCUAUCUACAAAAAGGGUCACCGACUUGACUGCGUCCAUGGACAGAAUCCUUUGACGGCGAAUACCAAUGCGGUUUUCGAGAAGGACAUUCAACAACGGACCAGAUGUUCACCUUGUGACAAAUUCUCGAUAAAUUUCGAGACGUACGACUCAGUGAAACGUAACGAAUUGUGGCAGAUCAUGUUAGAACAUGGGUUUACGACAAAACCAAUAAGACUGAUUCGUGCGACGCUCGAUAGAUCAAAAUCAAGCGUCAAGAUAGCUGGUACGAUAUCCGAUACUUUCGUGACAUUAGAUGGAUUGAAGCAGGACGACGCGCUCUCAAAUCUGUUGUUCAAUAUAGCGCUCGAAGGUGCCAUACGAAGAUACGGCGUGCAAAGAAACGGAACCAUCAUCAAUAAGUCUCACAUGCCUCUUGAAUUUGCGGACGACAUUGAUAUUAAUGGGGUGGAUCGUAGAGCUGUGAAAGAGGCUUUUGUGCCCUUCAAGAAAGAAUCUGCGAGAAUAUGGUUGACGAUAAAUUCUACCAAGACUAAAUACAUGGUGGCUGGCAGAGAACGAGGUAGCCCAAACGGUGUAGUACCCGAGGGUGAGAUUGAUGGGGUAUUAUACGACGUUGUUGACGAGUUCAUAUAUCUUGGAACGCUAGUGACAUGCGAUGAUAUUAGCCGCGAGGUAAAAAGCACAAAACUUGCUCUACACAAGUCGUUUAUACUACAUGUUGUCCUAUACAGCCACGAAGCAAGGUCGUUGAAGGAAACAGAUGUUCGAGUACUCGGCGUCUUUGAGAGAAAAAUCCUGCGCUCAAUACUUGGCGGCAAAGAAGAGAAUGGAGAAUGGCGCAGACGCAUGAAUCAUGAGCUGUACCAAGUAUACAAAGAUGCGGACAUUGGAAGGCUUAUAAAACACGGCAGACUACAGUGA